GGGCCAGUUUCUAUGGGACUUCCUGGACUGAGCAAUUUCUAGGUGCGGCAAAUAGCGCCGCAUCGUGGCCAAUUUUGCAAGUUUGCACUGUGGAACUCAGAAUUCGAGGGGAAGAUUGCAGUGAAUGUGUUGGAAAGCGAGAGUCGCAUUUGAACUGCGUGCGAGAGGAAGAGCAGAAAGUGAAGGAUUAGGUCUGUUUUUGCAGCUGCUUGAGCCUGGGCGAUGGUGAGGAGUUUCUUAGGGGUGUCAAUUCUGGCAUUUCUGAGGUAAAAUUGGGUACGUGGAUGGUGGUCGAGGUGCUGAGUGUGGGGGGAGGGUCUUGAACACGUGCUCCUUGGUUUCAGUGUGCGUGGUGGGAGGUAUGGUGUUGUUGACGAUGCUGAGAUAGUGAUAAGGUUUUGUGACUUAAACCCCGAAUUGUGAGAAGGGUCGUUAGCCAUGGCUACUGGGGGGUGCGGCAUGUCGGGGACACGGGCGACCACCAUGAAUUGCGCGGCUGGGUUUGGUGCUGAGAGGAUCUUGCCUCUGAAUUUCCGUCUGGUGAGAGUUGCCCAGGCGGUGUCUGGUGGCAGACUUUCGAGGGAAGUCUCGAGGGUGUCAUUUGUGGGUGGGACUCGUCGAACACUUGAUCGGAGCUGGGUUGUUUUAAAUCUUCGAGCUACCCUUGAUUUCAGAACAAGAACCAACUUGAAUGUAGGGCUGAACCUCUUUUGGUAUAAUCCUCUUUUGGAAUGCUUCCAACCAAUGCCUCAAACAUGUUGUCGUGCACUCGCUGUGCCCAGUGACAUCGAAACUAGUCUGGAAAACAAAGGAUCUACACCCCAGGACACUCCAGUCGAAAGGGUCGCGUCGAAGGAGAAGGAGUGGACAGGUCCGAACCAGUAUCGGGAAGAACGACGCUUGAACCGAGCUAUUGUCGAGGCUCCUGAUGCUGAGUAUGUAUUGGCUACUAUUAUAGAAGCGCUUAAUAAACCUCAUUGGGGCAAACCUAGGAAGAUACCAUUGAGUCCUUUGAAUUGCGCAACUGGGCUCCACCGGAUUGCGAAGCGGAUGGACGAGGCCUCCAUGUGGAAGUCUGAGAAACUCACCUUCGCCAGAAGACAAGAAAUGAAGGCUUUCCUUCGUGCUGCUGUGAAAGCAUUUCCAGAAUGCUCUGCCCAAGGAUUAGCUAACAUUGCCUGGGCGCUGUCAAAGAUUGGAAGUAGUGCACUCUUUGAGGAAGAGAUGGACCAUCUAGCUGACGCUGCUCUUGACAAAUUGUCAGAGUUUAAUGCUCAAAACCUUGCCAAUACUGCUGGCGCUUUUGCUUCCAUGCUACACGCAGCACCAGCUCUCUUUGACGCCAUUGCCCAGCGAGCUGUAGAGGUAGCAGGGUCUUUCAGACCUCUAGAGCUGGUUCAAAUCUUGUGGGCGUUUGCAUGCUUAAACCACCCCUUAGACCCUCUCUUUGACUCCCUGGAUGUUCAACUUGUAGAGAACCCGGAUGCUGCUGCUGCUACUUUCAGGGGAUUCAGUCAACAACAACUUGCGAGCAUGGCAUGGUCUUGCGCAGUAUUACAACAGCAGGAACGCCCAUGGUUCAUUUCUUUAUGGAAAUGUGUGAAUAGUCGCGCAACCACAUGGACUUCUGAGGCGGAUAGGAAGCCGAAAGGCGUUCAGCACAUGUGCCAAUUAUACCAAGCCAAUCUAGCCUUGAAAUUGGAAUGUGCAGACCUAGCAUUGACUACCGAAAAGGAACUGGAGAUAAUGCUUGAGGAAGCUUGGGAGAAGGAGAAGGCAGCGAACAAGCUCAGUUCAGGUGAUCAUAGAGAAGUGGAUCGUCUGCUCGUAAGCACAACUGGACGCGCUUGGGUGUCAGAAUACGAGGGAGCGCCAUAUUCUCUGGAUUUGGCCCUAGUGGAUGCGAGGGUGGCGAUUGAGAUUGAUGGCCCCACUCAUUUUUCUCGUAACACAGGUAUCCUUUUAGGACACACAGUUUUGAAGCGACGGUUAUUGCGUUCAGCUGGGUGGACGGUCUUCCCUAUCCCUUUCCAAGAGUGGGAGGAGUUAAGAGGUGAGCAGGAGCGGGCACUUUUUUUACGCACCCUCUUAGAGGGCUCUAUUUAAUCUCGUUUCAACUCUCAUUUAACUUAUAUUUCUACAAUUUAUGCUUUAUGGUUAGAAGUAGCCUGGUCGGUGACUUCAUUCAGACCCGUCAUCUCAAUAGGAGCGCCUUUAGAUGAGGAUAAGGUUAAUCAUCGUCUCUGCAGUUUUAAAUCAGCAGUUUCCAUGAUCUGAAAACAUUUUUCUGGUAUACUAUCACACUUGGUUUUAGUUCACAUCUCGUAUAAGAUCUGCUCUAUCCACAUGGCUGGGCAACGACCCAUUCAAGACAUCAAUAUUUCACCGAUGAAUACUUCUUACGUUUCAAGAAAAGAAAACGUGCUUGCUGCAUUCUUGUUGA